UUACUUGCUCGGCUUAUUUCCGUUUCCGGCAGGGUGUCAUGGCGCUAGACGCAGCACGGGAAAUGAUGGACGAUGAGGAGUUGGAAGACGGGGAGCUAAGCGGCUCUGACACAGAUAUGAGAUCGUCAGGCGCAGGGAACAGAGGCCAACAACAACAACAGCAGCAGCAGGUACAGUGUGUACAUUAGCGACACAUCUCAGUCCAGUUGCUGUGUGAGCGCCCAGCUAUUCACUAAUGUGUGUGGAUUUGGAAAUGUGCGAAACUAGAGAAGACGAUGGGUAUGACUGGAAGCAGCACAGUGAUUGUGCUUCACUGAGAACAGAUUUAAUCACCACUUCAUUUAAUUACCGAAGUAAUGGUUCAAACAAUGUCCCCUACCGAACAAUGAAAGGUCUAGAUUCAAGCGAAGAGAGUGCCUCUGAUUCUGAUGACGAAGAUGGUGCUUCAUGGAAACAUAAGCGGCAGAAGUGUACAAAUCCAGACCCUAAAAUGGCCAGACCUCUUCCUGUAUUGCAGGGCCAGCAAAGGCCUAUUAACACAGGGGCUACAAAACGUAAUAAUGUUUGGGGAGCUGUCCUUCAGGAGCAGACUCAAGAGGCAGUGGCAUCUGAAUUAGGUAUUAUGGAUAUGGAAGGCCAGCUGGAUAUGAGUAGGCAAUCGGAGACUUAUAAUUAUAUUCUUGCCAGGAAAUUGAUGGAGAAAGCAGAGAAGGAGGAAGAGCUGAAGCUGAACAAAGAAUUAGAUGAGUUCAUGCAAGAGGAUAAAGAGUCUGCUCCAAAGGAGGAAAAUGGACACCUCAAGAGGAAGAGGCCUGUUAAAGAAAGACUGGGAGAGAGGUUAGAAAUGGAGUACAAGGGGAGAUAUGAAAUAACUGAGGCUGACUCAGAAGAUAAAGUAUCUGAUGAAAUUGCAUAUAGACUCCGCGAGCCAAAGAAAGAUUUAAUAGUACGGAUUGUAAAAAUACUUGGAACCAAAAAGGCUAUUGAGUUGCUUAUGGAAACUGCAGAAGUAGAACAAAAUGGUGGACUCUUCAUUAUGAAUGGCACUAGGAGGAGGACUCCUGGAGGAGUGUAUCUGAACCUAUUAAAAAAUACACCAAGUAUUACAUCCGAUCAAGUAAAGGAAAUAUUUUGUCUAGAAAACCAGAAAGAAUAUGAGAGUAAGAAGGCAGCCAAAAAAAGGAGGCGCCAUUUAAUUGGGAAGAAGAUGAAGGAAGCCAUCAAAGGCCUUAACUUCCAGGAGCACAACGACACCUCGAGAGAGACGUUUGCAAGUGACACCAAUGAAGCGCUGGCAUCUCUAGAUGACGAGAACACGGAAAUGAAAGCGGACACAGAGGAUGCUAUUGAAAUCGACAAUGCCCAAGACCUUGAGACGUUUUAAUAGCAUUUGCUGGACAUUGUAAUUGGCUUUAUUACAUUACAAAGUUGCAAAAUCGAGGAAAUUAGGGGGGGAAAAGCUGAUCAUGAAAGACUGCUACACAGGGGAAGCAAAUGAUCCGUAGAAAAACAUUAAUUUCUAAUUGGUGACACCACCAUUGUUUUUGUUCUUUUUGCACUUAUUUUGCCUUUAUCAUACGUAUUAGUGUCCACUAAGAAGCAAAGUUCAAAUAAACGUAUGGUCCCAUACAUUGAAUCUUGUCAUCUAGAAACAAAUACAUUUGGCAUGUUUGCAUCAGAGCAUACCAAUCUAACUUGAGAAAUCGCCUUUUGGAUGUACCAUUAAUUAAACCAGAGCCCUAUAAAUAAACAGGUUUAUACUACGAAACUAUGACUUGAA